GAGUCUCCGCUGGUGAUGGUGAAGCAGACGAUCCAGAUUUUCGCUAGGGUGAAGCCCACCGUGCGGAAGCAGCAGCAAGGGAUUUACUCCAUAGAUGAAGAUGAAAAAUUAACACAUAGCUUGGAAAUUGUCUUACCCCGAGACCUGGCAGAUGGAUUCGUAAACAAUAAACGAGAAAGCUACAAGUUUAAGUUUCAAAGGAUUUUUGACCAAGAGGCUAAGCAAGAGAUCAUUUUCGAGAUCAUUGCCAAACCAGUCGCCGAGAGUACUUUGGCAGGUUACAAUGGCACCAUCUUCGCAUAUGGGCAGACGGGCAGUGGCAAGACAUUCACCAUCACAGGCGGGGCAGAGCGCUACAGUGACAGAGGCAUCAUCCCAAGGACCCUGUCGUAUAUUUUUGAGCAGUUGCAAAAGGACAGCAGCAAGAUCUACACGACGCACAUUUCUUACUUGGAAAUCUACAAUGAAUGUGGCUAUGACCUGCUGGAUCCAAGACACGAAGCCUCCAAACUGGAAGAUUUGCCGAAAGUGACAAUAUUGGAGGACCCGGAUCAGAACAUUCACCUGAAAAACCUGUCUCUUCAUCAGGCAACAACUGAGGAGGAAGCUUUAAACCUGCUCUUCUUGGGGGACACCAACAGGAUGAUCGCCGAGACUCCUAUGAAUCAAGCUUCAACCCGGUCACACUGUAUUUUCACUGUGCACUUGAGCAGCAAAGAGCCAGGGUCUGCCACCGUCCGACAUGCUAAGCUCCACCUGGUUGACCUGGCAGGGUCAGAGCGUGUCUCGAAGACUGGAGUCGGGGGCCUGCUUCUGACAGAGGCCAAAUACAUCAACUUGUCCCUACACUACCUAGAGCAGGUCAUCAUUGCCCUUUCGGAAAAACACCGUACACACAUCCCCUACAGGAACUCCAUGAUGACCAACGUGCUCAGAGACAGUCUGGGAGGGAACUGCAUGACCACCAUGAUUGCAACCCUGUCUUUGGAGAAGAGGAACAUUGAUGAGUCUAUCUCCACCUGCAGAUUUGCUCAGCGAGUGGCCCUAAUUAAAAACGAAGCCAUUCUCAAUGAAGAGAUUGAUCCCAGACUGAUGAUUGUCCGCCUGCAAAAGGAGAUUGAAGACCUGAGGGCAGAGUUGGCCAUGGCCACAGGGGAGCAGAGGACAGAGGCCCUCACGGAAGCAGAGCUCCUUCAGUUGGAAAAACUAAUAGCAUCCUAUUUGGAGGACCAAGAUCCAGAGAGUAGACUGGAAGUUGGCGCUGAUAUGCGUAAAAUCCAUCACUGUUUUCAUCAUUUUAAGAAACUGUUGAAUGACAAGAAGACCCAAGAGAAUCCUGUUUCCUCUGAAAGCACACAGCAAGCAUGCCAAGAACCAUUGAAAGAUGAGGAAUAUACAAAGCUCCUAGGCCUUCUCAAGCAGAGGGACAAUGAGAUCAAUAUCCUGGUCAAUAUGUUAAAAAAGGAAAAGAAGAAAACUCAGGAUGCCCUCCAGAAUUCAAGCCUAGAGAAAAGCGAAGUCAGGCCACCUCAGAACUCACCCUUCAUCGCUGGGAGCCCAGCGGUUCCAAGGACCCCAUUCUCCUCAGCCCUGAGCCACACCCAGGACCUCAGCAUCUGCAGGCGCAGAUCCAGCUUGCUCCACAAAAAAACAGGGAUGAGAGAGGAGAUGUCACUGGGACGCCAGGAGGCUUUUGAGAUUUUCAAGAGGGACCAUGCUGACAGUGUCACCAUCGAGGACAACAAACAGGUUCUGAAGCAGAGAUUUUCUGAAGCAAAAGCUCUGGGAGAGUGUAUAAAUGAAGCAAGAAGCAAAAUUGGUCAGCUGAAAGAUGCCAUCAACCAGCGGCACCUACAGCAAGUAGCUCUUGGGGUCUCAGAGAACACGGUCCCAGCCUCCACGCCUGACCCCCAGGAGGAGAGACUGCGAGCACAGCUGGAGGAGGAGAAGGGCAGGUACAAAACGACCUUUAUGCGCCUGAAGGCCCUGAAGGUGGAGAUUGAGCACCUGCAACUGCUCAUGGACAAAGCCAAGGUCAAGCUGCAGAAAGAGUUCGAGGCCUGGUGGGCAGAGGAGGCCACCAGCCUGCAGGUAAACUCCCCGGCCACGAACCUCCAGGAUGCCAUGAAGCCAUUUCCCCAGCAGGACCAGACGCAGCUUCUUUUCAAGAAAAGUUCUCGAGACUUGGAAGUUGAAAAUGGAGCUGGCAGGCUGGAAGUCUGUGAUAGGAAUGCCAGAAGAAUCCGCCCCUCCCCUUCCCCCUCCCCCAAUCAGCAAAGCCAAGAGCCCGGUGGCUCCAGGGUCCCAGCGCAAGAUAGGCCCACAUCCUCCAUCCCUCUCACUGGAGACAGCCAGACAGACUCCGACAUCCUAGCAUUCAUCAAGGCCAGGCAGAGCAUUCUACAGAAGAAAUACUUGGGAGAAAACUGA